AUGACCACACUUCGGCUACCCUCCUUUAACCCUCCUCUCCAGCAAGUGCGACAAGGCCAGAACAAAGCAUCCCUAUUUCAGCUGACGGAUACCGAUGAUCUCGUGUCUCCCAACACAGACAUUGAAGAAGAAGACGACAGCCACAAUAACUUUUAUUGUCGCCACUACAGCGAUGUCAGAAAUAUCCAAUUUGACUUGUCCAAUGACAGCAACAACACCAUUUAUCUUCUCUUGAAUCAAGCCGAUGGAUGCAAUAUCUUCCAUGUUCUGUGGGGAUAUGUGGCUAUCGUUCGAGAUGCCAUGCAGUACGGAGUGUUGCCGUUUGCCAGAGAAUACGCGUCGCACAGGCACCCCAAACAUCUCCAAAACCUGGUCGUCCGGAUACUUCUACCAAGCUGCCAUACCUGGUUGGAAAUGAUGAUCCGGGCGUUUCCUCUUGCACUAGUAGAACCACACCACAAUCAUACCCAUCCUACUGGAAGAUUGCCCGUGAUCACCAUUGAAACAGAGCGAAGUGACAUUUAUAAGAAAGGAAGUGACGGCAACUUGCCCUUUCCAGUGACACCGGAGAACUGUGCCACUUUCAAAUUCCAGUGGGGAUCUUUCCUGGGAUCUUCCACUGUCUGGCUCCAGAAUGAACCCAACACUUCUACGGCACGUCAAAUGUAUCAAUGGACCGCUCACAUGAGGGACUACUAUGGUCUCGUCGACAGUCAUAACGACAACAAUCCGCAACGAACGAGUCUCUUUGCAAUGUUCAAGAGUGUAUGGUCCAACAGUCUGCUGAGAUAUUACUACAGAUCCAAAAACAACGACGACGGCGACAUUGAAGAACCUUCAGAUCUCAGUGAACCACCAGAGCAACAACAGAAUAAACCUUUGGUACUCGUUGUAGAACGUGAUGCCUCCUGUCCGAAUGGUCACCCUGCACCCAGAACUGCCAUUGAUCUUGAGACGGGCCGUCCUGCCUUUCCAUUGCUGAUGGAGCAAAUGCAGCAGAAAGACCUUUAUGAUGUGCAGCUAUUGCAAGUUGGUUGUGAUGCUACUUCUGGUUCGAAACAGGAGCAACAUGAACGAGUCAUAGAACAGUUCAGAGCCUUCUCCAACGCCAGUGUCGUUGUGUCCGUUCAUGGAGCACAAAUGACAAACAGUAUCUUUAUGAAACCACCACAAAACCUAGCAUUACCCGAACCAGAAAGAUGUCCUCAUUCUAAUCAUUUGUGUUCGGCCCCAGUGGAAGCCACUGUAUUUCGUCCUGCACUCGUGGAGAUUUCCUUUCGCUAUGGUUGGUGCGAUGAUCCCAAAAUACCACUCAUCAAGGUCAAUGCCACAGAAAAGAUCCUCCAACGGUGGCAGCAAUGUUCCAAAUCCAAACGACGCUACCACAAGGCCGACUUUUUCCGACUGGCGACUGGAAUGAACAUUCGGUAUGUAGAGAUCACGGCAUUGGGGUAUCAGUAUAACCGUCAGGAUGGACCCAUCACUGUCGAGAAUCCGAUUGAAGUGCAAGCCGUGGUUGUGAAUUCAAGUCAUAUUCUGGAACAGCUAGUGGAACUCUAUCAGGACCAGGAAUACGACUAUAGAAAACAAACAUCAACAACGAUUAAGGCACAAGGCGCCACCAACUCAAUCAAUGACGAAGAUAUCAAUGACGUCUUCCUCGCAGUCGACGGUAUUGAACCAUAUUGGAUUGAGGAACUGCAAAUAGGGACAGAGCAGGAUCAGGAGGAUGAUCAAACAGACGACGGAGUCAAUCCAUACCUGAUGGGAAAGCUGUCAUUGCGCGAGACUCUGAAGGAAUGGAUACAAAACUGGUAUCGAUCAUCCAUCUUUCGGGCUCACGUUGACGCCGUCGCAAGUACGAACUUGGAAACCUCGAUGCAACGGCGUCGGCGUCGGUUUAAAGCCAACAUAUACGAAGCGGAAGAGGACAUCAAUAAGCCGUACAAACUUCAGCAUGAAAAUGCACGGUAA